AUGUGGGGACUUGUGGAAGGGUUCACAGUUGACUUUGGUGGCUCUGGUUCUUACUAUCAAAGCUGUAAACCGGGAUGGUUUCAUUGGCAUAUUUUCAAGGAUAAGUUACCGGAUAUGGAACCUUGGACUUUUCGUGAUAGUUUGGUGGUUUUGGUUGAUGCGCGUGCAGGACUUGAUACCAGAGAGGUGGAAUUCCAUCACAGUACAUAUUGGAUCCAAUUGCAUGGCAUCCUUCCUUUUAAUAUGACUACAAUGGUGGCACAGAAAAUUGGAUCUCUUGUAGGGAAGGUUUUGGAGGUUGAUCAGGCUGAUGGUGUGGAAUGUAUGGGACGCUUCUUACAAUAUGAAUUUCUACCAGAGUACUGUUUUGUCUGUGGGCAUUUGGGACAUCCAAGCCGUAUCUAUAUUGAAAAAUUAGAGGCUGAUCAAGACCUCACAGAGAGCAAGGUGGAGGUUUUGCACAAUUUUUCCGGGCUUGAGGCGGUGGAGGAUUUGAGUGGCUGGCGAUUACGCUUUGGGGAACGUAAUGUUUCACAGGGGAAUAAUAGUACAAGCUCAGGGGGUAGAUGGCGUCAUGAGCGCUCUAGUCGCUUGGGAGAGCCUCGACAUCUGCAACAGGUAGGGUGCUGGCGGGAUGUGGGUGGUGCAUAUAUGUCUAGAGGGUGGAGAUGGAAGACACACUGCUACCUUCCCUAA